CUGCUGCCUGGAAAUGGACGCAGCCAGCUGUGCGCGCUGCACAGUGGUGUCGCACGCGGCCGGUCCGUCAGGCCAGGAGUGUCCGCGUGCCAGCGCGCAAGCCGCACAGCGCGCGCCUGCGAAGAGAAGCGCAACGUCAAACUGGAGUUAAUAUGCAAAGGGAUUAAGGAGUGUAUGUAAAACAAGAAGACGACACUGCUUUUUUUUUUAAUUCUUUUUGCUCCUUGGCACAGUUUUACGGUGACAAUAUAUACCAGCUGCAAAACAAAACAUAAUUUCUGAGAGAAAGAGGAAGACACUGGAGAUGACCUCCCAGCAAGGAACAGUAUAGUUUUUGAUUCUGUAAACACAAGGAUACUUCCAGAAGUAAAAGGAUGCAGAAGUCAACUCGAACAUCUCCAGGAAGUGUAAGCACUUCUCGAGGGCCCAGCAUGCCGGGGUCUCCUGCAGCAACUUUAGUGGCAAAGAUGGAUAACCAGGUGUUGGGUUACAAAGAUUUGGCUGCCAUUCCGAAAGACAAAGCUAUUUUGGACAUAGAGCGUCCUGACUUAAUGAUUUAUGAGCCACAUUUUAAUUAUUCUGCACUGGACAAAAUUGAUCUCCCCAGGAGUAGAGAGCGCUCAAUGUCCCCACAUUCCAUAUCUCCUCCACCUUCUCCUGAGAAUUUUGUUGGUAAGGAGCCUCGGGAAUGGACGGAGCAGAGGUCACCUGGGAGCACUUCUGUGACCUCACUGGUUCAUGGUCGCCCAAGUGUUGUGUCAAAUAAAAGCGGGGUCCAGCACUUUCACAGACCAGAAAAUGGCUCCAACAUAUACAAGAAACCACCCAUCUAUAAACAAAGAGAAUCUUCAGUAUCAGUUCCACACAGCAAACACAUAGAAGAUAUCAUCAUUGAGUCAUCAAAAUUUCCUGCAGCCCAGCCACCUGACCCAAACCAACCCUCCAAGAUUGAAACAGACUACUGGCCUUGCCCUCCCUCUCUUGCUGUCAUGGAAAGUGAAUGGAAGAAACGCACAUUGUCUCAGAGAACCAGCAAAGAAGAGGAUGAUGAAUAUGAUGACAGUGAUCUCACAGAAGAGAUGAAACAACUUCGGCAUUUACAGAGAAAGGAACUUAACAAGAUCCAAUCUAACCUUGGAAAAUUAAUACUAAAGGAAGAAAUUGAGAAGUCAUUACCCAUCCGACGAAAAACACGGUCACUUCCUGACCGAACACUUUUGCAUUCAGCUUCAUCUUCAAGCACUACCAAAUCUACCUCUCUCCCGGCCUAUGGCAGAAGCAGCCUCAACAGGCUACAGUCUGCUGAAUUCACAUCUCCUGAAUCUGAGAAAGUCAAGGGAGCGCCAAAUGGAGAGGCACAGAGAGCAAGAAUGGACAGGGGGAAUUCCUUGCCAAGUAUGCUGGAACAAAAGGUUUAUCCUUAUGAAAUGUUAAUUGUAAACAACAGAGGGCGCAGCAGACUUCCUCCAGGAGUGGACAGAACCAGACUUGAGCGCCAUCUGUCUCCCGAGGAAUUUCAACAGUUGUUUGGAAUGAAAAUUAAUGAGUUUGACAGGCUAUCACUAUGGAAAAGAAAUGAACUAAAGAAAAAAGUUUCUCUCUUUUAACUUGAGAAAAAAUAUAUAUUAUAACCAUCACCUUCACUCAGAACACGAAAACAUGCAAAACAAAACCUUAAUAGGACAGAAAAUCUUUUGCUGAUUUAAAGUCUUAUGACAUAAUUAAUCAUUUAUUCUUAUUAAUAUUUAUUUAGUAAAAGCAAUUAUGCUUUUAAAAUAACAUCAAAGACCUUAUAGGAUAAAGUUGCAAGGUGUGGAAUGCUCCCGAGUGAUUUUUUUAAAUCUCUGUCACCUCUACACAUCCAAUAUCUGAAUGUCUGCUAUUCAAAACUACACACAUACAAUAGAAGAAUGUAAUUUUUAUUUCACAUUUAACAGAUUCUUCUCAAACAUUUCAUCUUGAAAGAAAAAUAAGUUAUUUGCAUAUAACAAACAAACAGAAAGAAAAACAAAACUGUUCUAAUGUAUCGGACACACUUUCUUCCUUUUCACAAUCCCAUGCUUCUUAAAUUAACAGGGUGUUGUACCUUUUUUAAUUGAUUCUACAUUUGUACAGGAUAUCUUUGAUAUCAUGUACAAGAGAAAUUAAUUUCUUUGAACUAUUAUCCAUAUUAUUAGUUUGGAAUUGGAAUAAAAAAACAUAGAGAUUAGAACCUAUAUUACCUUCCAUUUAAAUUAUUUUUUCUUAAUCUUUAUUUAAAUAAUAUGAAUUUUGUUUUUGUUUUCUUCUGUAGUGCAUAGUGCUAUAUAUUGAUGAAAUAUUUGAUUGUGUUGUAAUUUUAAGAGAAACUGCUGUUUUGUUUUAAUUUCAUCAUAAAAGAUACUUCUCUAUGCAUCAGGGGCCAAUUUCAUUGCCGCUCACCAUGGCCAUUACACCAAUGCUGACUUAUGUUAUGACAAUAGAAAACAUGUUUGUCUACUGUGUGCAAAAUAUUAUUUCAUGUUUACAGCUAAAUAUUCUAUGCUUCAAAUGUUAAGUGACCAAAUGAUGUUAAAUCAUGGCUUUUGUCCAGUAGCUUUUUGUUAACAGUUUCUGGUUGCCGGUCUGACUUAUUAAGGAAGAAAGUGAUCAAUCACACUGGCCAGUCAACUUCACAUUAGGCCAAAAAGUUUCCCAAGGUUUUGUGGAAGAAUCAUCAUGGCAAGUUAGAAGUUAAAACCUGCCUUGCAGCUUCUUGCCAAAAUCCAGGACAGGUGGAUUGUAUGCACUGAUGUACAAUCAUAGAUGUUACAGUGUAUCCAACUGUAAUUUCUUAAAGAAAGUGGCAUCAAGAAGCAGAAAUUUGACUUGAUUCUCCACAAAGCCACGAAUCUUCAUGAAGCUGCAGUCUAUAUUCAGUGUACCUCCGUGUUGUCUCUCAGAAAAUAAAACAACAGAAGCUGAA